AUGCAUAUGAAUGAUAAAAAGUUAAACCCAUCAAAUGCAGUGCAAGCAUCAGAAAUCCAUAUCUUGUUAAUAUCGAGCUUGUCAAUCCAAGUAUUACUCGCAUUCUUGUCACACCUAAGAAAACACUCCGCAAAUCCUAUUCUAAAAAUCUUACUGUGGCUGCUAUAUUUGUCUGCUGAUUCCAUCGCCCUGUACACCAUCGGUUUGAUCGGUCGUGUCAACAACUAUAAUAAAAUCAAUGUUCAUCAUAGGCCCCACAUCCUCGCAUAUUGGGCACCAUUUUUGCUGCUUCAUUUGGGUGCUCCCGACACAAUUACAGCUCUUUCCCUCGAAGACAACGAGCUCUGGCUUCGACACUCCCUUCAGCUUAUUAGAUGGCAUCAGAACCUCCCUGGGGAAACCAAAAACUUCUUCAUUAUUCACGAAUGGUCUAAACACUACUAUUCUGCACAGGCUGCUUCUAUUCCCUGUCGAUUUGAAGUGAAAUAUCAUCCGACUUCAGAAUCAAACACAGAAGAGAGAGGUGAGCGUGAUACAGAGAUGCAAGCCCAUGGUUCAAGCUCGAGCAUUCCAGAUGAUAAUAAAGAUCACUAUAAGAUCAGAAGCCUUUAUAAGCAUAUUAGAGGCUUAGCAGCUGAAGCACUCAUAAACUUGGAUUAUGAUCGGGAAUUAAGUGAGACCUUCCUAAGUAAUUCAGUGCAAGACGCACUCAGCAUUCUAGAGAUCGAGAUAAGUUUACUCUACAAUGUCUUGCAUACCAAAGCACUUUUAAUAAAUAGGCCUAGAAGGGUUUUUUACCGGCUUAUCUGUUUCCUAUCAUUAAUAGCAGCUACUGUCUUGUUUUCUAUUACUAGUACCAAGAAGAAUUUUGAGUCGGUUGAUGUCGAAAUAACCUUUGCCUUGCUUUUGGGUGCUGUAUUACUAGAAUUAACCGGAGUUGUUAGGUUCUUGAUUUCAGAUUGGUUUAUUAUCAAGCUAGAAGGACUACAGAAUUACUUUCAGAAGAAUUCUCACUCAAAGUCCAUGGUGAGUAGAUGGUGGGCUAGAUAUCUUAGCCAGAUUGAGUGCUUCAAGCCUCCAUGUAAAAUAUGUAUUGAAAAAAAGAAGGAUGAUAAAAUAGCAGCUACAAUAGACAAGGCAAACAACAACCAAGCUGUGUUCCAUGAAGCUUGUAAAUUAGCAAAGCAACUAAACAUGAUCGGAGAGAAGAAAUGGGACAUAAUAUUCAAAGUUUGGGUAGAAAUGUUGUGUUAUGCAGCCAUACACAGCUCACCAAGAGAACACUUUGCACAGCUAAGCAAAGGCGGAGAACUCAUUACUUUGGUGUGGUUGUUCAUGACUCAUCUUGGUUAUCGUAUACCUAAUACUAACAUUCGUGGCCUUCUUUCAGCUAAACUCAUUGUUGAAAAGUAGUUUUACAAUGUCAGCUAUGUAUUUCAUGCUUUUAUAUAAUCAUGUUUUUCGC